CGUGCUCCUACCCGCCGCCGUUCCAACAACGUGUUCCUAGUCGCGCACUCGGCGUUAGCACUGCCCAACAUCUUCUAACCUCCGGGCAACUUCUCACUCCCGAAAAAGUGCCCGACAACCCUCCACAUAUUAUCCACCCCCGGAGCACAAACUAGGCUCCCGUACAAGCGCAUUACCCCAGAUUCGCAAUUCGACCACGUAUCGCCAGACUGCACGCGCCGCCCUAAGCCUCAACCACGAAACGAGACACCGAAUAUCAAACCCCUCGACCCUCGACCCUGAACCCAGAAAGGGGACACUAAGAAGGGAGACGUCCAACAACAUAGCGUACCACACCACACGCAUUCACACACAUCGCAAUCAUGUCAAGUAGAUUCAGCAGCCGCGCCGACGCGCGCGACGACCUCUUCUCCUCCUACAACCGCAGCGCCUCACCCUCGAAAUCAAAAAACAAAGCUCGCGCAAGCCCUUACAAUGCUGCUGGCGGCUACGGCUACACACCACCUUCCUCCGCCGACGGGCCAGGCUUUGGCGCAUAUCCUGGUGCUGGUGGGAGUAAGGCGAAUGGGAGCUUAUAUCCUGGGAGCGGAGGGAGUAGUUAUGGGGGUUAUGGUGUAGGGGGCGGAAGGGGGAGUGAUGAUGGAAGGGAUGGCAUAUAUCGGGCUGCGACACCGAAUUCAAGGGGACAGUACUCUGCGGCUGUGUUGGAUGAGUUGGAGAGCCAGAAUGAUGAGCAUGUUGGUGUGCUGACUAGCAAGGUCAAGAUGUUGAAGGACUUGACCCAUCUCAUCGGCGAUGAAAUCCGCGAUUCCACUAGUCUCGCCGAGAAAAUGAACGAUCAGUUUGAGAACUCGAGACAUAAGAUCAAGGGUACCAUGAAUCGUAUGUUGAGGAUGGCGCAAAAGACGGGCGUAGGCUGGAAAGCCUGGGUUGGGUUCUUUGCCGCGGUUAUGUUACUGUUUUGGUGGGUGUGGUUAGGUUAAUGGGGGAUGCCAGAACAAGAGGAAAGAUAGACUGGCGUAUACUUGACGUUGAUGAUCUAUUGACUAUAGAAAGAAACGUUUGGGAAAGAGGGGUUUGCAUUGCAUCGAGUCGCAUCUGGCAUGGUGUAAGGCGUUUGAUUGACAAAGUAUCGUCUGGACGCUUCAAUUACAUUGCUACCACGGUU